CAGGAAGCGGUAACGGAGGAGUGAGCGCGGCAGGACAAGGGGCUCCUCGCGGCACAGAGUUCUGUUAAACCUCUUCAGUCUCAAGAAUCUCUGCGGCUUCCACCCCCUGUGUUUGUUGUAUAAGUAAGGGAAUAAGAGCCAUCAGAUUACAAGCCUCCAUGUUUCUCUCAAAAGACUAGUCCUUUUGCCAUGGAAGCUGAAGAAAUGAUGGAAUGUAUCCAGGAAUUCCCUGAGCAUUAUAAAUUUAUUUUGAAUAGACUGAAUGAACAACGUGAGCAGGAUCACUUUACAGAUAUUACUCUGAUUGUUGAUGGUCACCAUUUCAAAGCUCAUAAGGCCGUUCUUGCUGCCUGCAGCCAGUUCUUCUACAAUUUUUUCCAAGAUUUCACUCAGGAGCCCUUGGUGGAGAUAGAAGGUGUAAGUAACAUGGCAUUUCGUCACCUAAUUGAGUUCACCUAUACAGCAAAGCUAAUGGUCCAAGGUGAGGAAGAAGCAAAUGAUGUUUGGAAAGCAGCUGAGUACCUACAGAUGCUAGAAGCAAUCAAAGCACUUGAAAUCAGGAACAAAGAAAUUUCAUCACCCUUAGAAAAAAAUCAAACACAAGAUAAAGAUAAACCAAAGAAGAGGAAGGUAGCUGAAACCUCUAAUGUUAUCACGGAAACACUACCACUUGCAGAAUCAGAGCCUGUUGAAAUUGAGGUUGAGAUUGCUGAAGGGAUGAUUGAAGUGGAAGAUGACAGCAUCGAAACACUUGAAGUAGCUUCUGCAGAGCAAUCCUUAAAGUACAUACAGACAACAGGUACAUCAGAUGCAUCUGCUUUGGCUCUUUUAGCAGAUAUCACCAGCAAGUAUCGUCAGGGAGAGGGAAAAUGCCAGAUCCAGGAAGAAGAUGAUAGUGCAUCUGAUACCUUGUGCAAACAGGUAGAAGGUUUUGAAAUUGUGGAACUUCAGCUGUCACAUAUGAAGAAUUUAUUCUGCUGUGAGAAAUGUAACCGUUCGUUUAAAUUGUCUUGCCAUUUUAAGGAACACAUGAAAACACACUCUACUGAGAGGUACAAGUGUGACAUAUGCAAAAAAAGGUACCUACGAGAGAGUGCUUUGAAACAGCACCUCACCUGUUACCACCUUGAUGAAGGUGGUGCCAGCAAGAAGCAAAAACCUGGCAAAAAAAUACAUAUAUGCCAGUACUGUGAUAAGCAGUUUGACCACGUUGGACAUUUUAAAGAGCACCUUCGGAAGCACACAGGUGAAAAACCAUUUGAAUGUCCAAACUGCCAUGAACGCUUUGCUAGGAAUAGCACACUCAAAUGUCACCUCGCAGCCUGUCAGUCUGGAGCUGGAGCUAGAAAGGGAAGAAAGAAGCUAUAUGAAUGUCAGGUUUGUAACAGUGUGUUUAACAGCUGGGAUCAAUUCAAAGAUCACUUGGUAAUACAUACCGGUGACAAACCCAACCACUGUACCUUAUGUGAUUUGUGGUUUAUGCAAGGCAGUGAGCUGAGAAGGCAUCUCAAAGACAUGCACAAUAUUUCAGAACAAAUAGUAACAGAAGAGGUUCUUCCAGUGGAAGCUGUAGAGGCUGAACCAGUGACAUCAAUGACUAUAAUAGAACAAGUGGAGCAAGUCCAUGUCCUACCAAUAAUUCAGGUACAAGUGGAUCCUGCACAGGUAACUGUGGAACAGAUGCACCAGGAUGUCAUACAGGACAAUCUAAUAAAAAGCACACAGGUGGAUGAACUGCAAGAACAGUUGCAAAUUAGUUAUUUGGAAGUUGAACAUAUUCAGACUGAACAAAGUGCUGAAGUUCACAUAGAGCAGUUACAUGUUGAGCAUGUAAAUCAACAGGUGGAAGAUGUACAGGCUGAACUUAUAAGUGGAACAGACCUGGAACAAGUAGAAUAUGGAAGUGUUGAUCAAGGAGAAGCAGAAGAAAAGGAAUCUAGUCAUGUAGAUGAUGUGGAUAAGGAAGAUCAUGAACAAGCUGAAGACUUAAAAACUCAACAGUUAGCAGACACACAGAAUGAAAAGGCUAAUUACUAGGACAACCACACUGUGCAGGUUUAGAAAUAAAAUGCCCAAUUAUUUUUGUUAGCUUUUACAUUGAUUUUUGAACUAUCAGUGGUCGCAUUUCCAAUAUGCUGUCCUUUGGACCAAAGUUAUCUUUAUGUACAACUAAACUUCUAUGUGAAAAAUAACUUACCCGUUCAUGUUAUACCAUGGAACAAAAACUACCAGACACGGACAGCUUUGUGAGGAUUUUAAUAAUUAAUAGCUUGUAUCACUGUUGCAUCAUCUCUGGGUAUGGUCAGACUCAAAUAACUGUGGUCAGAGGCUUGAUGUCCAGGUGGAGAUCAGUGACGAGUGGCAUUCCUCAGGGGUCGGUAUUGUGAACAGAGCUGUUCAACAUCUUUGUCAGCAAUAUGUGGGGAAAAAGCAUUGCUGCUGAAAGUCUCAGAGCACAAAAAUCCUGUGCCUUUUCAACACUGGUUAAAUUUCCACAGAACUCCUAGGGUGUUCAAGAGCCUAGUUCAGUAAAAGGCAAUGUAGGUAAUGUUAUAAUGCUUUAUAUUUUUGCUUAAAAUUGUCAGCUACUGAUUUUUUUUUUCAUUAAAUUUGGGGGGUGAAGGAGGAAACAGGUUCCAUGUGGAGGCAGCAAGACACUCUAAAAGGGACACUUUAAAUUAGGAAAAGCCCAGUAGAAUCUGUGGUAAGCAUGAGCUGGAAGAAAGCUACCAGCAGAUUCUUCAUUUAUAAAUUGUCAUUUUUAAAUUAAAUUCUGACAUUUGACACAAUGACAGCUUGCAAAUUUGGUAGGCGAAAAACUGCUCUGCUGUUGUGCCCAGUGCUGCCUCCAUCUAGACUCCUGCUGAGCCUGAGUGGGAGUGUGGUGUAUGGGAAAAUCACUUGGGGGGCGGGGUGUGUUAAGAGAAAACUGGAGCCUAACAGAAGUUGUAAUAUUACAAGAAACCUUUUUAGGGUGAAAUACAGUUGCCAUUUUCAGGACGGUUGGCAUGCAUGGAAUCUACUCCACCACAUUUCCCCAGGCAACACAACCUGCUAUCUUAGAGGAGCAAUGGAGGGUGGAGUGGAGUGGAGACACUGUGGCCAGGCUCUGUUGUACUCCCUGCAGGUUUGGGAACUUGAUGGUACCAUGCAGCUGAUAAGCCGCAUAGCAGCUGUCAAAUGGAAAAUAUAAGAGAUGUCUGUUGCUGGGCCAGCAACUGUGGCAAAAUCACUUUCCUUAGGUGAACCUGCUCAUUAUAAUCUCAUUGCAAUACUAAUGACACACCUCCAUCCCAAAGUUACCCACCUCCAAGGUACAACCACUCCUCACUGAGCAUGUGCUAUUUUAUUGGCUAUAUCUUUAAGAUAAAAGCGAGAGAAUUUUGCAUCAAUCAAUAAUAAAAGAAUGUGUGACUAGAGUCACUCAAGCUCCACCUGAGAUUAAAGAAGAGUAUAAAAGUGAAUGAAAGAAGGGAGGAGUUAGAGAAGACUCCAUCAUAACUUCUGAGAUCAGUUGACAGGCUGAACUUGUCUUCUCCCGCAUAGGGACAUUUAUUGGGUAAGAACUUUUUAUUAUGCAUGCCAAAUGACUAACUCAUGCUAGCUGUUAUUAGUGAUUAUAGUUUGGUUGUGUAUCAUUUCAAGCUUGUUUUUGCAGACAGUAUCUUAUCACCGAUAAUCUGUGAAUCUUAUCCUGUCACAAACUUGUAUUUUGUAUAAUAAAAAUCUUCAGCUGAAGUCUGUUUUGUGUAAGUCUCCAGAGACUUGAAUAAUUUAAAUAAGGGAUUUGACUCGUUGACACUGUCAGUGAAGGUCCCUGAAUAGGUUAGACAAAUCACCCUCCUAUUCGGUGGGCUGUCAUAGAGUUGAGUACUGGAACGCAGAUAGACUGGUCAAGCACAAGGGUCUCAUCUUUCUUGGGAAACUGGCAGGCUAGUCAAAUAUAAAGGGUUCAAGGAAACCCCCCUUGUAAUGUGACAGUAUUGGCAUGCAGGACAAAUUUGGACAAGAAGGUGACACAACCCUUUAGACAUAAACUGUUGACCAAGUCUGAGACUAGGAUUGGUUCUAGCCACACCCAGCCCCUCUAAAUAUCUGAUGAUCAGCUGGAAAGCAAGGGGUCUUUUCUGAACCUUGUGACUCAAUGGGAAGGUCUUCCUAACACAUCUUGUCCACUGGCCUAAGGCAACCACCUGUUCCACUACACGGUGGGAGCAUGAGCAAUCCUGGCUGCCAGCCCCCUCAUCAGUGGCUAUUCAUACCCCCACCUCCAGGAGGUCAUCCCUGCCACAUGAGGGGAAGAGCAAGACAGGCAAAUGGCAGGCUGCCUGAUGGCAUCAAAUGGCAGGCAGUUGGCAGGAGCCACUGUGACAAUGGGGCCCAGGUUUGGUCUCCUGGGAGGUGGAAAGGGGUGGCAGGCCCUGUGGAACCAGGGUUGGAGGGAGCUGUUUUCAGGUACAGCAGUGGGAGCUCCAAUGGCAGAGAUCCAGACUACAGAAAUGGCACUGCCUCAGCCAAGCACCCCAGGGUGGUACUUGCUGGACUCCCAACAGCCGAUCACAGCAGGAGGUGGAGGUUGAGCCACUGAGUGUCGAUUUGGAUUGUUUUCUUCCCUUUCUCAAAAACUUCUGUAUCGCCCCACACGAUAAUGUCAUCAAUAUACUGCAGGUGUUCUGGAGCUUUCCCAUGUUGCAGUGCAGUAUGGAUCAGUCUAUGGCAGAUGGUAGGGCUGUGUUUCCACCCUGGGUCAGUCAUCAUAGAAUCAUAGAACAGUUAGAGUUGGAAGGGGCCUUAAACAUCACCUAUUUCCAAACCCAUGCCACGACAGGGACACCUUCCACUAGACCAUCUUGCUCAAAGCUCCAUCCCACCUGGCUUUGGCCACUGCCAGAGAUCAAGCAGCCACAACUUCUCUGGGCAAACUGUUUCAUUGUCUCACCACCUUUAUAGUGAAGAAUUUUUUCCUAAUGUCUAAUCUAAAUGUACACUCCGUCAACUUAAAGCCAUUCCCCCUUAUCCUGUUACUACAUGCCCUUGCAAAAACUUUCUCGCCAGAUUUCAUGUAGACCCCCUUUAGGUACUGGAAGGC